AUGGAAUUGAAGCUUAGGAAAAAAGCCCUUCUUUCGUUCACAAAACGUCAAGUAAAACUUCAGACGUCUAAUUCUGCUCCGUCCCUGACAGCGGCUACGGGUGAUUCCCUCUCUUCACCGCCACAUUCAAGGCCACGCUUCAUUAUCACUUUGCAUGCAUCCUCCAGUGCCAGCGGCGACUCAAGUGAGGGGGAAGAUUUGCCAAGCGUCACUCUCGCAGCUCGUCGUAGCAAAGCUUCCCCACUUACAGUCUCGUCGCUUAAUGGAUCUUCGCCGCUGCGACCCCAAGUUCAACCGGACACCGCUCCUGUUCGCCGCAACGAAAACACCGUGACAUCUGUCUCCAAUUUUCCAAAGAAGCCUCCUCUUCCAAAAUCCUCAAUUUUGCCCAAGUCUUUCGCCCCAAUGUCUACCUGCACGUCUGAAAAAAAUGCCGCUCGAGUUACUCCCUCAUUUUCUUUGAGUCCUUACAAGAAGUUGCUUUUAAAACAAUCAGUGCGCGUAGAACACUUACAAGUUGUGCUGAAGAAACAGCAAAAAGUGGUCGCUGAUCGAAAGAAAACAGAAGCAGCAUUAAGUUUGUCGCUUGCAUCGCUAAAAGCCAAAUUGCGCCAAACAACAAAACUCCACUUAUCGGCGAAGCAGGCCGUUUCCAAGGCAAAUAAAGCGAAACAAGUGGCGAUGCGGGAAUUGCAUAAGGCUCAACAAGAGUUGAAAACAAUGACUACUGUAGUAGACCGCCUUGCAAGAAAAUCUACUGUUAAUCAAGUUUCCUCUCAUCGGGCGCGAUUGUCACAGCAUCCGGCUCCCGAGAACAAACUUCCUCCAGCUCUUUUGGCACUCACUUGCUACUUCAGUCGUGUAUUAGAUGGGCUAGAAACAGCUUUCCGAAUAACCAGCCCUUUGUUUCAGUACUUUAACCUCUUCGACUUGUCUGCAACUAUGCCCGAGGAGGUGGAGAUGACACCAGCAUCCCCUGAGGUGCACACCACCUCAACAAGCUUUCCAUCGCAGCAGAAUUUUGAUCCGAACACCCCAAUCUGUCCUUUUUAUUUAGAUGGGAAUUGUGUUGAUAAGACAUGCACCUUUCAACACCCUGGUACUCUUAAUGGGAAUAACGGCUCCGUGGGAGCAACCCUCCCCACUUGUAUGACUUCAGCUACGUUCACCAAAGAUUCUGAGUCCCUUUGUAAUGUUUGUGGUGCCCAAUUGGACUCCAGCCAGUCUACGACCCCGGAAGUUUGUCGUUCUGUGUUCGACUGGCACACAGUUUUUGCGACGCGCCACGAUUUGACACCUUUCCUCAAAUCACACGAGGAUCUAUCAAAUGAACAUGAUGGAGCCCUGCUCAGACAUCAUUUGCAUGCGGUUCUUGUUUCCACAAGCACUCCAGUUGCUGCAGCCUUGGAAUUUUUAGAAAAAACAAAUUUUUCUCCCAAUCUCCUUUCCUACGCUCUCAACUCCAGACAGCUGGGCUCCUUAGCCGCACGGAGGCAAUUAAUUCGACAGUCGUUAUCCGUGUUGUUGUCGCAGACGCGCACCCAAAUGUCGUCAUUCUCGGACUCUGUAUCGUGUAUGAAUUCUUUCGUAAGUGUUGCCUACCAUGCCUGUCGGUUAGAGUGGGAGGCCUGCGCAUCACCUAUUGGUGUGUCCCUGCUCGACAGUCUUCUGAGGUUUGAUUGCGACAAUAUCCCCAGGUGUUUGCCUCGCGGUCAUCCAGCCCGUUGGGCGCUUUGGUACCUCCGAGUGAUUAUGGAGAUUUCACCCACCUUUCCGCAAUCUUUUGAAUACUGCCCCUUCCUCGAUCCAGAACGGCUUGCUCUUCGCAGCGACUUAUUUCGGACUGCGGCCCUCGACCUUAAUUUGUGCAACGACGGCCUGUCUGACUUUUUAUCAAAGUGUCAUCGAUGGAACGUUCCACUGUCACAGAUUUCCGUUGUUUUGUCAUUCAGCCACCUGUACGUGCAAUUUCUCGCCGCUGAGGGUAACAUUGAACGUGGUGCUCUUUUCUGCCUCGACGCACUAGUGUGCUGUAACGAGUUGCUGGCUCAAGACAAUAUCUUUUUCCCCACUGCCGUCCACUUAUCCAACCUGUGUCUUCAACGUGGUGAAGCUUCAACAUUUGAUCUCGUUUCCGACCUCACAAACCAGCAUUCCAUUCAGACUACAUUUGCCUAUUACUUUGCCUGUCUCAUGCAGAAGUCGGGCAAACCAGAGCCCUGUAGCAGUCUUUUAUCCGAGCUGGUAGGUGGCUUGGUUCUGCUCCCCUCCUUGGACGCAGCCUCUGUGUAUUCUGCCUUCCGAACCCUUUUGGGUCUGGGCGACCAAGAGGAAUCCCAACAUUCAUGUGACGCCAAGAAUACCGUGUACCUGUGGAUGGGUUUUGGCCUCUUCAGUAUGCUGCACAACUUUUCUUCCUCCCUCCUUCCCGAUUUCAUCAAUCAUGCAAUCAGCAGUUUGAAGGAUUUUGUCUCUGAAGCUUUCCCAUGCCCUCUGGGCGCCCUUCUUUUACACCUGGGUCUAGCUCUAGCUAAUAUGCUCCCAACCGCGGAGGAGUACUCAAUGGCUUUGGAGGCUAUCCUCUUCCCGAAGGCUUUCACGGAUGAUUCAAACUUCUGCACAAGCCCACCUCCAUGGUUCUUCGAACUCCUGCAGUACAUUCAAGUGGAUAAGUUUUCUGACAGCUAUCCGCCCAAUCCUUUAUUUGCUCGUCUGUUGGAGACCUACGGUUUUCGGACGCUGAAAGCUCUUUUGGCCAGUGGAUUGUUACGAAGCCCAAACCCAAAUGUUCUGCGGUGGCUGCAAAGCCUGUGUUCCGUCGCGCGCCUCGAACAACCCGCUGACGAGGAGUUUUGGGUGAUGAUCGCCUCCUUGGGUUUUAAGUUCCACCCACCUCAGCUUGAUAACGGUCGCACACUGCGAAUCUACCUCGCAGACUGUUUCUCGGAUGCCGUCAAACUGCUUCCAUUAAGCUGUGCGCUCUGGCGGCAUUACGCGCUUGUUGUGAGGGACGGAGGAUUCGACGAGGUGCAUCGAGCCUCGCUGCGUAAACGAGCCGUGACCUCGGCAUUUGGCAUGGAAACGGUGGUUGAUGAAAUCUUCGAAUCUACCAACAAGGGCUUUUUUCCCGAUGUGGCAGCAGAAGCUCUAGCUUGUAAAGACUUAGCUUCCUGGUGGAACCAAGCUUAG